AUGCCUUUCCCUGAUGACGAUUCGUUACGUGAUGCUACUAAUCGUCUAAUCAAUGAAGUGCUAUCACAUAACGUAGAUGAAGUACAAGUUGAGUUUAAUAAGUUGCAUCAAUCUCUGACGGAUGAACAACGAGCGGUUUUUGACGAAAUAAUGGCAGCAGUUGCAAGCCGUAAAGGAGGCUUAUUUUUCGUCUAUGGUUACGGUGGAACUGGAAAAACGUUCUUAUGGAAGACUUUGGCUUCAGCAGUUCGAUGUAGAGGUGAGAUAGUUUUAAAUGUUGCUUCAAGUGGUAUUGUUUCGUUAUUACUUUCUCGUGGAAGGACAGCCCAUUCUCACUUCCAUAUCCCAAUUAAUCUCACUGAAGAUUCGAUGUGUCAUAUUAAGCCAAAUAGUGAUAUCGCCAAAUUAUUAAAGGAAACACAAUUGAUCAUAUCGGACGAAGCACCGAUGGUCCACAAACAUGCCUUUGAAGCUUUAGAUAGGAUGAUGUCUGACGUAUUUUCUGACGGUAGGAGUAUUCGUUCUGAUGUUCCGUUUGGAGGGAAAGUUUUUGUAUUCAGCGGUGACUUUAGACAAAUCCUACCAGUUAUUCCUAAUGGUACUAGACAACAAAUAGUUUGUGUGUCUUUAAGCUCUUCAUAUAUAUGGUCAAAGUGCAAACUGUUAAGAUUGACUAAAAACAUGCGCCUAACAAUUGGAGCUGAAAGUUCUGAUAUGGACUCUAUCAGGGAUUUUGCAAAAUGGCUGCUUGAUAUUGGUGAAGGUGAUGCCAAAGAGUAUUUGAGCUCCGAUAGCAUAUGUCAAACUGAACAAAUGUUGUAUUCAUUUCAAGAAGGUUUAUACUCAACAGAAAAUUUGAAUGCACUUAAGAUUUCUGGCUUGCCUAAUCAUAGAUUAGUUCUUAAAGUUGGUGAUCCUGUCAUAUGCUUCUCCGAAACAUCGAUCAACAGAAAGGCUUAUGUAACGGUACAAGGCUACAAAUUACAUUUCUAG